UCGGCCCUCCACGCUCGCAGGUCGCAACUGGGGAAGGCUGCAACCCCCUCCCUCCGCCACCGGCAGAUCACACCAGCUAGCAGCGACGUUCACCGUGUCUUUACUAGUUUACUUAACCACGAGGACACGCAGCAUUAUCUAGAUGAGAUGAGAUAGGCCGGUCGGCAGAGGAAGAAGAGUGCGUGAGCGGGCAACAAUUGUUUACUGCCUCCUAGGUGCGUGCGCCGGCGGUAUUGGAUUGGAUCGGAUCUGAUUUUAUCUGAUGGUGUUCCACCUGCUGGCGUUCGCGGCGGCGAGGGGCUUCCUGCAGGUGUUCCAGGUCUCGGCGCCGCUACUGUGGCCGUUCAACCUGUGGCUGCCGUCCGCGCGCCACCUGCCCGAGGCCUGCGCCGUCUUCUACGGCGCGCUCGCCUCGCACGCCGCGUGGCUGCGCGGCACCGUCCGGAGCCACCGCCGCCACGGGAGCAGCACGGGCGGCGUCGGCGAGUACAUCAGCCAAGCGCUGCACAACAUCUCCUCCCCUUACUGAAUACGGACGGCCACGCGUGCACAAGGGCGCGCCUACCGUCGGUGCUGGUUCCCCAUGUCUUGGUAGUUUUAGGAAGCUUUUAUUUUCUUUUCCAUUUGUCUGUUUGGCUUAUUGUUGUUCUUGGUUUGUUUUUUGGUGUUUAGAUAGCAUUGCAAGAUUUCGGAGCAUGCUGUAAUCCGUGAUUUGUAAAUACAAGUGUUUCUUGUCAGAAAUCUUGUUAUUCAUGAGCAGGCGAAGAGGCCAUGUUACUCAUAAUUUCA